GAUGUGAAGUCAAGCUCUCAGCUGCUCCUCAGUGGGCGGGUCUUACCUGCACUAUAAAAAGCCAUGCAAGUUUCAGUGCGAAGUGGAAGUGCGAAAUAUACGACAGGAAACUGUUGAAUCUCUUCCCUAUCUGAAGAUGUCCAGGCUCACUCUGUGGUUGUCAGUCGGGGUGUUUGUGUGGGGAUUUGCUUCUUGCUCUAUCACGUGUCCUGAUGGGAGUACUUGCUCAGACAUCUCUACCUGCUGCAAGACUGAGUAUGGAUAUGGCUGCUGUCAGUAUCCAAAAGCAGUGUGCUGCGCAGACAUGGCCCACUGCUGUCCGUCAGGGUAUCGCUGUAACCUGGUGACACAGCUGUGUGAGAAACUGGACCAGCCGUGGCUGAGCAUUCCCAUGGUGAAGAAGGACGCUGCACAGAAACUCACAUACCCUUUCCUCUAUAAGCCAGCGCUGCCUUCAGUACCUGCCUUUGUCAUCCCUAUGUCAGAGGACAAAGAGAGCAUGAACGAGAUACCAGAACCAGCUCUAACACACGUCGGCUCCCCUGAGGCUCAAGUCAUUCGUUGUGAUUCCCUACAUUACUGCCAGGGGGGGAUGUCUUGCUGCCAGGCAUCCUCAGGCCAGUGGAACUGCUGUCCCUACCCACUGGGCCAGUGUUGUGCAGAUGGUCUGCACUGCUGUGAGUAUGGAUACACCUGCGAGGCCUCCUCCUUGAAAUGCAGAAAUUCUUACUCUUGAG